AUGGCUCCUCUACUACCCACCUACUCAGGCAUAACCAAGCCCGCAACCCACCUUACUGAACACGAGGGCAUUGCAGACGAUGUCCAUCGCAUUACUGAAUCGGUCGACGCUGAAGAUGGUGCAAUGUUUGAGAGCUGUGUCUUUCCGGAUGCAGAAUGGGAUGUUAGCGGUCUGACAUUUCUGGAAAAGGACUAUGGGGUCCUUCGCGGACUUAAAGAGAUGCUGCAUUGGCAGAUGACGGGCCCAGCGCCUGUGCUUACCACGCAUAUGGCCACCAGCAUUCGAUCUCACAUAACAAUCUUAGAGGACGGCACUAAAACCGCUACUUGUACGGCAAAUAUUCUGGCUCAACAUUUACCUCAUGGCACUCCCCACGACAAGAUUUCAACUUGGGAGAAGGAUGUGUUUCUUGCCGGAAAUCGGCUCUCGGGAGAGUUGAAAUGGGACGGGGAGAGGUGGCGAUUUACUCGAUUGUGUCAUAAGACUAUCUGGAGUGUUGGAGACAACUCUUUUAUCGUUCGAGGCAGGCCAAAGGCGAUGACGGAGUAG